AUGGUGCGAAAGCCUUCUUCUCCGUUUUCCUUCAGGAUGGCAUUCUUCAAAUAUCUCCGCUCUGUUAAGAAUCAGCUUAUCCUCUUCUCAACUCCGUUUUUGCUGCUUCCACUGCCUUUAGUGAUCGGAACACCGGAGGCAGAAUGUGCCUAUGUGAUAGUCCUAAUGGCGGUUUACUGGUGCACAGAGGUCCUACCACUGGCUGUAACAGCUCUGCUCCCAGCAAUCCUUUUCCCCCUGUUUGGCAUCAUGCAAUCCAAAGACGUGUGCAUGCAGUACCUAAAGGACACAAACCUGUUGUUUGUGGGGGGACUGCUGGUCGCAGUGGCCGUGGAGCACUGGAAUCUGCACAAGCGGAUCGCCUUGAGGGUGCUGCUCUUUGUUGGUGUGCGUCCAGCGCUUUUGAUGUUAGGUUUCAUGGGUGUGACAGCCUUCUUGUCCAUGUGGAUCAGUAACACAGCCACCACGGCCAUGAUGGUGCCUAUAGUCCAAGCAGUGUUGCAGCAGCUCAACAACAAUGAGGCAGAGAUACCUCAGAUCCUCAGCUCAGAGGAGCAGGUCCAGACAUCGGAGACUGACAGCAAACAGCCUCCACAGAGCGAGAAACAGAAUGAAGGGCAAGGCCCAGUGGUGGUGACUUUCUUGGAUUCUGCAGUGGAGGCUGCCAUGCAUAAGGAGGCGGCAGAAAGGCGCAGACUGUGUAAAGGGAUGACCCUGUGUGUUUGUUACGCUGCCAGCAUCGGCGGCACGGCCACGCUGACAGGAACAGGUCCCAAUCUGGUGCUCAAGGGCCAGAUGAACCAACUCUUUCCUCAAAACGGAGAUGUGAUUAACUUUGCGUCCUGGUUCGGCUUUGCCUUCCCUAACAUGAUCCUCAUGCUCACACUGGCCUGGCUUUGGCUGCAGUUUGUCUUCAUGGGAUUCAACUUUAAGAAGACGUGGGGCUGUGGCGUGGUGAAGACAGAGAAGGAUAUUGCUGCCUAUAAUGUGAUCCGCGAGGAGCAUCGUAAGCUGGGCCCCAUGUCCUUCGGAGAGAUAAAUGUCCUGGGUCUCUUCAUUCUGCUGGUGGUGAUGUGGUUUACAAGAGACCCAGGCUUUGUUCAUGGCUGGGCAACAGAUAUCUUCAACUCCAAAGCAGAGUAUGUGACAGACGCUACAGUAGCCAUCUUCAUCGCCAUCCUUCUCUUUGUUCUGCCCUCCAAACCCCCACGUUUCUGUCUGUGCAGGACUCAAAGUUUUGACACAGCACCCCAUCAAAGUGUUGGCCCAACUCCACCUCUGCUCACCUGGAAAGUUGCCCAGAAGAAGUUACCAUGGGGCAUCGUGCUUCUUCUUGGCGGAGGUUUUGCUCUGGCCAAGGGCAGUGAAGAAUCAGGGCUCUCAAAGUGGAUGGGAGAUCAGAUGACUCCCCUUCAAAACAUCCCUCCCUGGGCAAUUGCUAUCAUCUUAUGCCUGCUGAUUGCUACCUUCACAGAGUGCACCAGUAAUGUUGCCACUGCGACGCUCUUCCUACCUGUCUUAGCCUCAAUGUCUCAGUCCAUCGGAAUGAAUCCACUGUACGUCAUGGUGCCUUGUACUCUGAGUGCCUCUUUUGCCUUCAUGCUGCCUGUUGCUACGCCUCCCAACGCUAUAGUUUUCUCUUAUGGAUACCUCAAGGUUGCUGACAUGGCCAGGACAGGAAUAGUCAUGAACAUCAUUGGCAUCCUCUGUAUUACACUGGCCAUCAAUAGCUGGGGCAGGGCCAUGUUUGAAUUGGACUCAUUCCCCACCUGGGCCAAUGUCACCGGGGUGUGAGCCUGGUGCUGCCAUAGGAGAUGAUCCACGCACACCCUGCCCUCCCUAUACACAGGCGCCAGACAAAGACCUCUGGUCCGAGUGUCGGCUCAGGACCACACGGUGGACCGCAUCGCCUGACUACUGUUAGAGUACAACGCCCCCAAGGCUUGUUUUCAUCGACACCUGAGUCUUUCUUGUGAAAGAGAUUGGUGAUGACUAUAAUUGGGAAUGAAGGAAGAGUGGUUGAAGAAUGAAAUUGAAAACUUUUUUUAAUUUACAUUGUAUCAUAUUUAAGUUACCUUUUCAAGAAAGACUAUUUACACUUAAAAACAGUAUCACAUAUCAGUAUUUAUAUUCUCAAAAAGAGAGAUUGCAAUCUUCUUGCAAUCCUCCUAAGCAGCUGAUUUUAGAAACACAUACACACAAAAAAUAUCAAAGAAAGGGCUAUGAAGCCACACCUAAAUAGCAAUAAACCUCAAGAACUUAACCUUUGCACUUUACUCAAGUGGUGCACUUAAGUAUAACUUUGAGGUACUUGUACUUUAUUUAAGGAUUUAUAUUUUAUGGCGCUUAUGCUUCAGAGGGAAAUAUUAACCUUUUUUACUCUAUUUAUCUUGACAGCUGUAGCUACUAUAACUUUUCUAUUAGGAUAUUAGGACAUAUGUUUAUAGAUUGAACUGCAUUUCAACCAGAUACAACUUUAAAAUUCUGCUUAUGUGUUAAUACAUUAAUACUUAUAAUCCAAUGGCAUUAUAUAUCACUGAAAAGGGCAUUCUAUCUGCCCCAAUAAAAUAUCGAAUGCAAGAUUAGACUGCUUACAAGCACUGACUAGUAUUUAUAGAUAAUGUGCUAAUAUGUAGAGACUUGACAAUAAGUAAACAUGUACUUCUGACCCCUGAGUUGAUCCAUAUAUGAUGAUGUAUGGUGGUUUAUUGUAGUUCCAGCAUCAGCUGAACUUUGAAAUGUAUCAUGACUACAAUGCAAGAAUCCCAUAUGUGCCGUGUACAAACACACUGACCUAAUGUACUGUAAACAUGUUUUCAAUAUUUUGAUCAAUACAGUGUGAGGCCACAUUGUGAAAUGUCUCACUGCAAUAAUGAAAUUUGUCUGAAUUGCAAUAAAAUGGUAUUUAAGAACCGAUGUAUAUAUUUUUUUUCUCUUUGAUUUCACGACUUUUGUGCAAACAAUUCAUUGUUUUGUGACAAACUAUAAAAUAAAAGAUAUGAGUUUCAAUAAA